AUGGACCGCACAGUCCUUUUGGUCGGCGCUAAUCGCGGCAUCGGUCUCAACCUGGCACGCGCCCUAGCCUUGCGAAAUUGGAAUGUCGUCGCCUCUGUCCGGCCCCAGACCAGGGCAUCGAACGAUCCUUCCAUUAAAGAGAUCGAGGAAGUUGCGUCGAUGAUCCUCGAGAUUGAUCUCGCAAAGGAGCAAACAGUAGCCGAUGCUGCCCGUGAGUUCGGUGAUUCUCCGCUGGAUAUGCUCAUCAACAUCGCUGGUCUCGGUCCUGAACCCGACAAUUGGUACGAGCACAGUGCUGAACUCAUGACCGAGAAAUACGUCAUCAACACGGUCGGCCCUUUUCUUACCGCGAAAUACUUCCAUCCCAAUCUCAAGCUUGCACAGGGCAAACUGAUCAACAUCUCGUCAAAUGCCGGCUCCAUCACUAUGUGCAAAGGCGAGGAUCUUGCUUAUCGCAUGUCCAAAGCUGCGCUCAACAUGAUGACUGUCACUUUGGCCAAGGAGUACAAAAUGAACGGUGACAAUAUCGCCGCUAUCGCGUUGAACCCCGGCUAUGUCGCUACGAGACUUACAAGCUUCCGAUCGCGAGACAACAUGGAAGAGUGCAUUGCCGGGAUGGUCAAGGUGCUGGAGUCCGUGGGAAUGGACGAAUCUGGUACUUUCCUUGAUUGGCGCGGAGAGACUCUACCAUGGUGA